UAAUUAUUAUUCUUAUUAUUAUUUCUCUCUGCUAAAUAAAUAAAACGUUCAUAUUCACAGAACCCAAGAAGGUUUUUGCACUUUUCAGUUUUUUUCCUUUUAUUUUAUCAAACAUAUAACCUCAAAAACAAAGCACAAAACACACACUGCUUUGUUUGGGGUUCUUGAUUUUUGAUUCCUUCAUUCAUUGUGGGGUAAAUUCUUGAACUACUUCAGAAUGAAGAGGGUUUGUUCAUAACUGAGGAGCUGAAUCUGGGGUUUCCAGUUUGUGAUCUUUGUUGAGCUAGAACUGAGAUGGGGAGCUUUGAUUUGAAGCAUUUAAUGCUAUUGUUUUGGUUUGUGUUGGUUGUGCCUCAUUGUUUGUGUGAAGAAGAUGAUUCUGAUGAUUCAAGUAGUGCUGUUUACAUUGUUUCUCUAAGAAAUUCUCCUGCUUCUCAUUACUAUGGUGAGUUGAGAGAAAUGAGUAGUAAUGGCUUCCAAGUAAAAAGUGGUGGUGGUGGUGGUGGUGCUUCUUCUGGAAGAAUUCAGUUUCACAAACCAAGAUAUGGCAAUGCUACAAAGACAAAUAAGAGAUAUGGCUCUUACGUUGCUCAAGUUCAUGAUUCUUUGUUGAAGAAAGUGUUAAAAGGAGAGAAAUAUCUAAAGGUCUAUAGCUACCACUAUCUGAUAGAUGGAUUUGCUGUGCUGGUUACUCAACAACAGGCAGAGAAAUUGGCUCGGAGUAGUGAAGUGUCGAAUGUGGUUUUGGACUUUUCUGUAAGAACUGCAACUACUCAUACGCCACAGUUUUUGGGUCUGCCGCAAGGAGCAUGGUCUCAAGAAGGUGGGUUUGAAGGAGCCGGAGAAGGAGUGGUUAUUGGUUUUGUUGAUACCGGCAUAGAUCCAACACACCCGAGUUUCGCUGAUAACAAAUCUGAACAUGCUUAUCCUGUUCCUGCUCAUUUUAAUGGCAUCUGUGAGGUCACACGAGAUUUUCCAUCCGGAUCUUGCAAUAGGAAGCUUGUUGGAGCCCGGCAUUUCGCUGCGUCUGCUAUAACCAGAGGAAUAUUUAAUUCAACACAGGACUAUGCUUCUCCAUUCGACGGAGAUGGCCAUGGCACGCAUACAGCAGCUGUUGCAGCAGGGAACCAUGGGAUUCCGGUGAUUGUUGCUGGGCAUCACUUUGGGAAUGCUAGCGGGAUGGCUCCUCGUUCACACAUUGCUGUUUACAAGGCAUUGUACAAGAGCUUUGGAGGAUUCGCUGCAGAUGUUGUGGCAGCUAUAGACCAGGUACGUCAAUAUAUUGUUUUGCAUAGAAUAUGUUACACUGGUAUUUAUUUUAAUGGAAAUACAGAAAUACAAUAGAACAGUAAAAGAUAAUAGAGGAAUUUCGAGA